AUGGCCGUGACCGCGCCGCUGCCGCUGCUGCUGCUGCUCCUGGCGCUCGCGGUGGGCGCACACCUCGCCGCAGCAGCCUCCGGCCCUGUCGGCGCGGAGGGCAGGCGGCGGUGCCCUCUGUGCGACUCCUCCGUGUACAGCUACUGCAGCGAGAAGCUGCUGCACGACGCCUGCUGCUGCAGCGCGCCGCUCGGGGAGCCGCUGCCGUACCAGUGCCAGUUCGCCGACUGCAGCUUCCUUCACGCCAAGUCGUGCCGCGACCACCGCCUCAUCACCGCCUGUUGCUGCACCUCUGUUCUCUUCCACACGCGCUAGGUUGUCAGCUGUUCAAGGAUUGGUGCAACCACACGUGCCAAGACAUAAAUGAAAGAUAAUACAGGGGAUAUACAGACAGCUGUUCUACUUAAUACAAAUAAACUCGGUCUUCUGAGACAGAGAACCAGAAAUGAAUUUCUUUUCCAAAAGAAGAUUUCAAUACUUCCAAAUCUCUAACAGCUAUAUUGGUCCUUUUCUUUAUCUCUCACUUUAUAAAAAAAUGAACACUAAAAAUUUGAACAUUUAUUUCCAUUUUAUGGGUAUUACACAGCAUGUUUAAUCUACAAACAUGGUCAGCUAUGUUUAGAUGUGUGUGUACCAUAAUGUAACUGAAAAAGCUGGCAAGAUUUUGUUGCUGGAGAAGCUAUGUAAAUUUAAUAAAUAGAUUUAUUUAUACUCUAUAAUGCUAUUUCAUUCUUUCCAUGUUGUGUUUUAUAUGUAGAACCAACAGGAUAUAUCCUUUAUGAAUUUGCCUAUAGCAGUGCAAAGCAACUCAGUUAUUGAUCUUUAAAGAUCAUAGGAGGCACCUUAAUAGAACAGGUAUUGCAUAACAUCACAAACUAUAGUGCUGACCUGAGACUUUAUUAAAUUGGUAUUGUGCCAAUAUAGUAAUAAACAUAAAUAAAAUUCAAUUCAAAAUUGAAUUAUGUAAAACAUCUUCUGGUUCUCCCACACUGACCGUCAUUAUUAAACAGUCAACUAAAACUCGCAUACAUACUUAACAAGUGUUUUCAUUACUCAAAAAUUUAAACUAAUGAAACUUUUGGCCACAUAAAAAGUGGCAUUCAUUGAGCAGAACAAUAGCACCACCAGAGGAUUUCUAGCAUGGUUAUCAGAGACAAUGGGAAAACAAAAAACAGUCUUUGUGUAGGACCUUUUGUGUACCAUAAACACGACAUCCAUGUUACAAAGAAUAACCAUAUGAAUUGCAAAUUCAAUGCCACCCAGCUGGAAGCUGUGCAAUAUUUAACAUACUGAGGACUGGUUUUCAUCACAACUAAAAGGGUGAAGAGAGUUGCAUUAAGACAAUCAAGGAGCUCAUAAAACAGCUCAGAUGAAACAACACAUGCAACUCUGUACUGCACAAGACAUGAGCACACCAUUAGAAAUAAUGCAUGAGAUUAAAUCAAUAAAUGAACACAAUAUUCUAAAUCCUUAUGUGUUUAUAUGGAUAAGAAUUUGAACUGGAAGUCACAUAUUACAGAUUAUCUUAUCUGCAACUUUGCACUACAGGUAACAGAUUUUGGAGAUGAAAAUAUCAAAGUCAGUUUUUCAUAUUUUCACUUACUGAUGUCAGUAGUACCAUAUUCUUCACUAACUCAUCAUUGAGAAAAAAAGUGUUUUGUGUUCCGAAAUGUGUAAUU